AUGGCAGAAGAAAAGAAAGUGAUUGCAGAAUUACAGUGUAACACAAAAGGGUAUCCAUCCCUUUUAAUAACAGAAAAGAAAACUACUUUAGGGAGAUGUAACUCAGCAUGUGAAAUAUCAAAUGAUACAAUUAGUUAUACUCAUUGUUCUAUAAUAACGUCAAGUAUUGUCGAACUAGUAGGUAGACCAACACAAAGGAGAUAUUAUUUUGUUGAUACUUCAACAAAUGGAAGUUAUAUCAAUUAUGAAAAAGCACCAGCAAAAGAAGCAAUAGAAAUAAUGUGUUUUGAUGAAAUAUCCUUACUUAGACCAAAGAAAGAUGAAGGUGCUGUAUCUUAUUGUUUGAUUGAUAAAGAAAUUAUGAAACAAGAAAAUGAAAAGUGUCAUAUUUUUGAUUAUUAUAAAUUAUCAAAUUUAGUUGGAAGUGGUGGUACUGGGACUGUAAGAAAAGUCUAUAAAGGAAAAGAAGUAUAUGCAAUGAAAAUACUUCAUUAUAGUGAUUUGACUGACAAAAAGAAAUCUCAGAUUGAACGUGAGUGUGAAGUUAUGUCAAAAUUAAAUCAUCCUAAUAUUGUUAAAUAUUACCAAUCAUUUUCAGGGAUUUUUAAUAAAUAUAUUGUCAUGGAAUUUAUUGAUGGAUAUGAUCUUUUUCAUAUUGUAUUUACAAACAAUUUACUUAAAGAAGAAUUUAUUAAGAAAAUAAUGUUUGAAAUUUUAACAGCACUAUUAUACCUCCAUUCAAUAGGUAUUAUUCAUCGUGACCUUAAACCUGAAAAUAUAAUGAUACAAAAAGAAAGUUAUCAAGUGAAAUUAACUGACUUUGGAUUUGGAAGAACUGUUGACGAAACACAUAGAGCAGAUACUAUGUGUGGUACUGAUGUAUAUGCUGCUCCAGAAAUUUAUCGUGGACUUGUUUAUGAUGGGUGUAAAGCAGAUGUAUGGAGUGCUGGUGUAGUAUUUUUUGUUAUGGCUACAAAAGAAUAUCCUUUUAUGCACAAGUCUGAUAACAACCCUGAUAAAAUGAUGGUUUCUCAUAUCGUUAAAGGAGAAAGAUAUCAUUAUGAUGAAUUUGAACAACGGUCAGACCUCUUUAAAGACCUUAUCAAUAAUAUGUUAAACGUAGAUCCUCAAAAACGUUUUACUGUCAAACAAUGUCUCAGUCAUGAAUUUUUCUCAAGAAAAAGAGAUAAGACUAAAAAUAAAUUAUCGACAGAACCAAAAAAGUCUCUUCAGGCUUAA